AUGGCCAUAAAGGCCGCUAUAGUUUCUGCAGCGAUGCCCUUGGCCGACCGCCUGAUGUGUCGAAGGUCUGUCGAUAGAUUCACUGAGCAAAACGUGUCCAAUAUCAUCUGGGGUCUCGGGGUGAUGGAAGUCCUACACCCCCCGGGGCUCAUACUGCACCUGUCGACUCUAGCGGAGGUCCAUCUCGACAACGACAUUGCGGCAACACAGUCACAGGCGAACUCAGUCUGGGGUCUGGCCAAGCUCUUGCAAGCUGCUGAGGACCGAGGGGCACUCAGCGACAUUGAGGGGCAACGCGUGAGGGGGGCUAUUCAAAGGGUCGCUUCUCGAAGCGUCUCCAGGUGGUCCCAAGAGGGUCUACCUCCCCGACCAGAAGAGCUGGGUAUGAUAGUGUGGGGCUUGGCCGUGGCCCUCAGUGGUGUGGCAGAGGCCAGCAGAGGGGCUUUAGGGCAACUCUCCGCCGUCCUACGGUCCAAUGCAGCGACACUGGUCGCAGGGGAGGAUCCCCAUCGUCUCGUGUCGAACAUUCUAUGGUCCUUCGGCAGCUUGCGGUACUUUGACGAUAACCUCAUGGGCUUCCUUGAAACGGUCAGCCCAGUGCUGAAUGACCCCGGCCAGUCCUCUGUUAGAAAUGCAUGUGCGAGCGUCUGGUCUCUGGCCGUCUUGGACCUCCCUCUGCCCUCAGGGCUCCUCAAGGCUGCUGUCAAUUUGUGUCUUAAAGGCGAUCCAGAGCCCCCGGCCAUAAUAGCACUCCUUGUUGGGGUUGCGGCGACCAGCAGAAGGCUGAGCUUAUCCACUGACGAUAUUGAUAGACUUUUUCGAGUCGCCGAGAGGGUGAUCGAAAUUGAUGUUUUGUCCCCUGCCCUCGCUGCCCAGCUUUUCACAGUCCAGCUGUGGGGUUACUGUUGCCUCUCCAAACCGCUGUACUGGUCGGAACGCCUCCUAGGGAAAACGGUGAAGUGUGGUGUCGAAGGCCUGCCAACGGAUAACCGCAUCGUCAGCGACAUGCAGAGCUCGGUGAGGGAAGCGUUGCAAAGGGCAUGCCCGUCGUCCAGGCUUCUUGUGGAGCCUACUGCCAGACGGGCUGGUUGGAAUGUCGAUUUUGGUGUUGGUGGUGAAUUAAAUAUUGAUUGGACGAUGUCAACCUGA